CUGAUAGACGGCACUGACUGGCAUCACUGCUGGGCACUGACUGGCGGCACUGACUGGCACAACCCCUGGGCACAGGUAGGUGGCACUUCUGGGCACAGGUGUGUGACACUGCAGCAGAGUGGCACAGGUGGGUGCACUGCUGGGCACAGGUGGGCGCACUGCUGGGCACAGGUGGGCGGAACUUGCGGGUGGCACUGCUGGGCACCGAUCAUCAGGGCACUGAUCAUCAGUGCCCUGAUGAUUGGUGCCGAUCCCCGCUCUGACAACUGCCGGUUCUCGGCAGUACUUUCCUCACGAUCUGACAGCGUGAGGAAAGUGCAGCCGAGAACCGGCACUUGC